UCUUAUUCUGCUACACUGAAUACCGCAUUAAUGUAUGCGACAUAAUUUCUGCCCACCUAUUGAUUAGGAUAUUCAUCUUCGACAUGAACACGACACUUAAAAAAACAUUGGUGGAUUUAACAAUAAUAUUGACUACACGUUUCAAGAUGACAGCUCUGAGCCCAGCUUUGAUCUUUCCAAUAGCCCUCCUUGGUCUUGUUGCCUAUUUCUUGAUGCACAAGAAAAAGUUGGAUGUUAGAGGGAAAGUGGUGCUUAUCACUGGUUCUUCUUCUGGGCUUGGUGAAGCUUGUGCUAAGGCAUUUUUCAAGUGUGGCUGCCGUGUCAUUUUGGCUGGCAGAAGUGAGGAAAAACUACAGAUGGUGAAACAGUCCUUGAUCUCAAUAAAGUUGAAAGCAACUCAUGACUAUCAUGAACCUGCAAUCCUUGUUUGGGAUCUGGAAGAUUUAAAUUCUGUUCAACAAAAAGCCCAGCAAGCCCUGGCUAUAUAUGGUGGUGUAGACAUCAUCAUUAACAAUGCUGGCAUCAGCUAUCGUGGCUUGAUUAAAGACACAACUCUUAGUGUGGACCAGAAACUAAUGACUGUCAACUACUUUGGCCACGUGGCACUUAUAAAAGCCUUGUUGCCAGCUCUUCUGUCUCAAAACAGUGGUCAUAUUGUGGGCAUUAGUAGCAUCCAGGGCAAGAUCUCCAUUCCCUACAGAUCCGCUUAUUCAGCAUCCAAGCAUGCACUGCAAGCUUUCUUUGACUGUCUGAGAGCAGAACUGGCAGACAGCAAUGUGAGAGUGUCACUUGUGAGCCCUGGCUAUAUUAACACAAGCCUUUCUACCAAUGCUGUUACAGGAGAUGGCAGCAAAUAUGGAAUUUUAGACAAAACAACAGAGUCUGGAAUGUCUGCAGACUUUGUUGCGGAGAAGGUUGUAAAUGCUGUCAUCCAAGUCCAGGAGGAGGUAGUACUGGCACCAUCUGUUCACAAAGCAGCCAUCCUUCUCCGUUCUGUUCUGCCAGGUGUUUAUUUUUGGAUCAUGGCAUCCAGGGCACGGAAGCAGCGCAAAGACUAUGUAAAGACAGAAUAACGUGUAACGAGCUGAGAACAUGGGAAUCAUUGUGAUUAUCUCCCCAUAGACCUUAGGCUAGCACAGCAUUUUGUUCAACUAUAAUUUUUAUUGGUGUGUGCACAUGGGUGAUUUUGUAUGCACCCAUUCUCUACACUCUUAUGCAAUGACAUAUUUCCAUAAAUUUUAUAUGUUUUUAUAAAAUGAGCUUAUGUAUAAUUUAUAUAAAUCUUUAAAUCUCAGAUGUGAUUUCAGUGGAUGAUCACAGCGAAAGUUACUUCUUUUGAUUGUCGUCCCAAGUAUCUGAGAAAUAAAGAGCAAAUGUGAAAACCAGCUAUGUGAUACAGAUUCAAGAACUAGGGAUUGCUACUGCACUAGCUGAGGUGCAUGAGCACUCUUAUUUUGAUUUAUAAAACUUCCCUAUUCUCUUUUUCUGUCUCACAUACCUGCAUACCCACACAAACCAUGAUUUCAUGUUAUUUACCUCAGGUUUGUGUCUAUGCAGCUCCCUCUCCUCACCCUGCAAAAUAGACACUUUUUGGCAGCUUUGUUGAUGAUUUUGAUGGAAGAACGACAAAUAUGUGGCUUUUAGUAAAGAAACUUCUGUAUCCAAUGCAACGCUUUCUUUUUUUUCAACGAUGGAAAACUGGCCCCAGGUAACAGUGUGAAAUUAGAGAAAAAGCACGGCUAAACACAAAAAGCAAGCAGCAUUAUGUUGUACCUGUUGCUGCUGAAGUCAGAUAAUUGAGAAAGCAUGAUGAUACUAGCUUCUUUCCAUACAGUUUUCUGUCGGUUCAGUAUGCUGUCCCAGACCUCUUUCAUUGUCCCAUAUUACACAUUGUCCGUAUUACACAGUGGUACAUUAGCACUCAAAUUGUUCUGUGCUUGAAAUGCCACACUUACCCGUGAAACUUCUGGGUGAAACAAAGGAAAAAGGCGUCACUUUGUGUAUUGAUUCCAAGUAGUAAAGACCUGUCCUGGUGCUGUGUUU